AUGUCCGACGCCGGCGAUCGGGCCACUACGACUGCCCACUACGACUGCCCACUACGACUGCCCACUACGACUGCCCACUACGACUGCCCACUACGACUGCCCACUACGACUGCCCACUACGACUGCCCACUACGACUGCCCACUACGACUGCCCACUACGACUGCCCACUACGACUGCCCACUACGACUGCCCACUACGACUGCCCACUACGACUGCCCACUACGACUGCCCACUACGACUGCCCACUACGACUGCCCACUACGACUGCCCACUACGACUGCCCACUACGACUGCCCACUACGACUGCCCACUACGACUGCCCACUACGACUGCCCACUACGACUGCCCACUACGACUGCCCACUACGACUGCCCACUACGACUGCCCACUACGACUGCCCACUACGACUGCCCACUACGACUGCCCACUACGACUGCCCACUACGACUGCCCACUACGACUGCCCACUACGACUGCCCACUACGACUGCCCACUACGACUGCCCACUACGACUGCCCACUACGACUGCCCACUACGACUGCCCACUACGACUGCCCACUACGACUGCCCACUACGACUGCCCACUACGACUGCCCACUACGACUGCCACUACGACUGCCCACUACGACUGCCCACUACGACUGCCACUACGACUGCCACUACGACUGCCACUACGACUGCCACUACGACUGCCACUACGACUGCCACUACGACUGCCACUACGACUGCCACUACGAUUGCCACUACGAUUGCCACUACGAUUGCCACUACGAUUUCUACUUCCUGUUGGCUUAG